AUGGCUUCGGGACACGGAAAGUUCAUUAGCUGUGUCCGGCCUCGUUGCGCAACCGGGUCGGUGACGUUCUGCGGUGAGGAAGCGGCCAGGACUCGGACCGCUAACGGAUCUUUGAAUCCUUUGCCAAUGAAGAGAUGCCAUCAUGAGAUACAAGCUGAAGAACCGAACCGAACUGGCUGGAAGAUUCUGAAGCGUUCCCUUUCACUCUUGGGUCAUCUACCUCAGCCAACCGACCGCCCUGCUCUCGGGGGAAGAGGAGUAAAUUUCUCCAAAGAAAACAUACUUAUAUUAGAAUAA